AUGGUCUUCCAGGGCUCCAAGGGGAUAUCUGAACGAUCAGUGCACCGCCCAGACGCAAUCCCGUUCUUGGGAGAAUUCUUCCAGCCGGGCAAGUACGAGAGCACGCGACCUGGAGAACAGCCCCAUGUCGAACUACUCGAUUUCGGGCACGAGGCCGAUAUUCACUUGGCCAGUAUCCUGAACGGCACCACAGAACUUCACAGCUUGGGUCGACUGAUUCGGGAUUAUAACAGGCGACGAUUGACCUAUGAUGAGGACGCUCUUCCGAGGACUACAGGCUUGCUCACGUGCUUGAGCCGUACCUUCCACGGCGGCUUCAUAUGCGGCCUCCCACAGAUGUUCUUCGAUGCCGCACUGAGCUGGAGCCCUGCGACUGGCACGAACCUUCGGCGCCGCCAGCCCUCGGUCCGCCCUGACAACGCUCGCCUCCACCCAUGCCAUCUUCCCUUGUGGUCCUGGGUAGGAUGGCAUGGUGCUGGACAGUUCUCAGGACGAGAGGCUAGAUCGAUUCCCGUCGAUAUAGUCAGCCACGAAAUGCAGGAGACGUUCCCCAUCACUACAUAG